AUGACGUUGAUUGUGAUGGACGGGGGACCUCUGCCGCCCGAUCUCCAAUCCCCCCUGCGUCCUAAUCAGUCUCAGCCCUCUUCCGUACCGUAUGCACGCCGUCCUGUGUCUCGCGAGACUCGUCCGUUCGUCAAGCCCCCACCCCAACAUCCAUCCCGGCUUGUCCCUUCGCUUCCCCGUGUCGCAAUCAUGGAUCGCAAAGAGUCUUCACCAAUGGCACCACCAUUCAUGGUGUCAGCACCUGGGAAGGUGAUCGUUUGCGGCGAACAUGCCGCGAUCUACGGCCAGCCGACCAUCGCCGCAUCCAUUUCCCUCCGCUCCUAUCUCCUUGUGACAACACUCUCCAAAUCGAAGCGCACAAUUCGACUCAAGUUCAAGGACCUUGGCUUAGAUCACACCUGGGACAUCAACUCCCUCCCCUGGGACCUUUCAGGGAGGCAGAAACAGAGCUACGUCAGUACGGUCACAGCGAUAGACCAAGAACUUCUGCAAGCGAUUCUUCCUCACGCAAACGCCGUGUCGCCUCACCUAGACGAAAAGCAACGACAGACUCACGUGCGGCCCGCGAUCGCGUUCCUCUACCUCUUCCUGUGUCUAGGUGACCGACACAGUCCAGGUGCGAUCUACACACUUCGAUCCACUAUACCAAUUGGUGCCGGCUUGGGCAGUAGCGCCAGUGUCUGCGUCUGCAUCAGUGCGGCGAUCCUUCUCCAAAUACGCGCGCUUGCUGGACCGCAUCCAAAGCAGCCGGUGCAAGAAGCCGAGCUGCAGAUCCAGCGCAUCAACGACUGGGCAUUUGUGGGAGAGCUAUGCAUCCACGGUGACCCUAGUGGUGUGGACAACACAAUAUCUGCCGGGGGAAAGGCGGUCAUCUUCCGGCGGCAUGACAACGACAGACCAACUGUAACGCCGCUGUUGGGUUUUCCGAAAGUGUCUGUUCUCCUUGUGGACACUCGACAUCCAAGGUCAACAGCGACCCAGAUCGAGAAGGUCAAGAUACUCAAGUCUCAAGAGCCAGCAGUGACGCAAGCAAUUCUCAAUGCCAUCGGACAGGUCACCUCAUCUGCUAUCGAGCAUAUCAAAUCAGACGAUGGCCAGGAGAAUGGAGGCGAUGGUGUCCUGGGACAACUGGGAACCCUCAUGCGUGUCAACCACGGGCUUCUGGUCUCAUUAGGGGUCUCACACUCUCGGCUUGAGCAAAUUCGUGAGCUCGUGGACGACCCCGAUAUCGGAUGGUCAAAGCUCACCGGUGCUGGUGGUGGCGGAUGUGCGCUCGCAAUGUUGAGGCCUGGUGUUGACGAAACAACCCUGGAGACACUUAUACAAACCCUUGAUGACCGUGGCUUCAGGACGUAUAAGACGACCUUGGGCUGUGAUGGGGUGGGCGUCCUCUGGCCCGCAACGUUCCGAGACGGCACAGGCAGCACAGCUGGCGAAGAGAUCAACGAGGAACUUUUUGAAGGUGCCGUUGGACCGGAUGGUCUGGACAGACUCGUUGGACCAACCACACAGGGAAGUCUCAUUGGCUGGAAAUUCUGGAAGCGCGAGGUGAUUCCAAUGGUUUGA